AUGGACCCCGACGAGCUAUCUUCUCUACGUCACCAGCUCGCUCUUAAAGAAGAAGCCUUGCUUGAAAUGACGAUAAGCAGGGACCUUCAAACCUCUCUCCGUAGGGAAAUGGAGGAGCUCUGGCUAGCAGCCAAAUCCAAAACUUGGGCUGAGAUAGCUCUCAAACAUAAGGCUCAUGCGGACUUCCAGAGUCGGGUCCAUUAUAUAAUUUACCUGAAGAUGAAACACGAGGACACUGUGGCCCUCCUGAAAGAGGAAGGCUGGAUAAAGGAUGAAACCAUUGGCCAACUGCAGAGCACCAUCAAACUUAUCAAAGAAGAACUAGCUCAAGCUCAGACUCAUCUGUCCUUCACUGGGGAUCUUUUUGACUGCAUCGAAAUGUACAAACAACCUGCAUUCGAUAAUCCUGUUCUGAAAAAUCAUAAGCUACAGAUACGACCAAGUUUUCUAACGAAGAGCAAUGUGACUAUGGAUGAAAAAUUUAAACCACCUAUAGAUCCAGGCUUCAACGAUACUUGCCCUCCAGGAACUGUUAUCAUUCGACGAACUCGAAAAGAAGAACUAAUCAUGGCUAAAGAACUACCCAAAUACUUCAGGAACUAUGGCUCUAGCUAUGGUGUUCUUGAUUCUUCAGACAGGAGUUAUUUUGCGGUAAUGCAGAGCCGGAAAGCUAAAUUCCAUGGCUUUGAAUCUAGUAUCUCUACGUGGGCACUCCCAAAUGUGGGGCCAGAUCAAUCCACUGCAAAUCAAGUAUGGAUGGUGGGAGACCUCGAUGGUCCUCAAGAAAACCUGAAUAUUAUUGAAACCGGAUGGCACGUUAAUCCUAAGCUAUAUGACGAUAAGUUUACUCGUUUUUUCACUUAUUAUACAAUCGACAAUCACAAGACGGGCUGCAUGAACUUACUUUGCAAAGGAUUCAUACAAGUUUCAGCAAUCUUUGGACCUGGACAUGCCUUCAUCGGUAGCGACCUUUCUACGUACGGAGGCAAACAAGCAUACUUCAGCUUUGAAAUACGAAAGGAUCCUGAACUUGGUCACUGGUGGUUGUCAACGGCAGAUGAGAAUCUUGGAUAUUGGCCAAAGGAGAUUUUACCUAGUUUAGAUGUAGCAAAAGCGAUAGACUUUGGAGGUGUAGUGUAUUCGCCCAACAAUGAGGGGUCUCCUCCCAUGGGGAGCGGUUAUUUAGCCGAAGAAGGGAUUGGUAAAUCCAGCUAUUUUAUGUCAGUGAUGUUCAGAGGGGAUGACCAGCGUGCUUUCAUUCCGGGCACGAACUGGGCGCGUUCGAAACAGAAUGCAGACGACGAAUAUUAUCAAAUUAUUGGACCUAAUCCAACCAGUGGUCCUUGGAAUGUUGCUUAUGGUGGACCGGGAAGAAACAUUCCAUUAACCGAGGAAGAAGACCUGGAGUUAGACAAAGAACUCCAAAGUCUCAACAAACCCCCUGUCAAAAUCAUCAAGCAGUCCUUCAGUGGAGAUCUUUUUGACUGUAUCGAAAAGUACAAACAACCUGCAUUCGAUCAUCCUGCGUUGAAAAACCAUAAGCUACAGAUGCGACCAAGUUUUCAAACGAAGAAUAAUGUAACUAUGGAUGAAAAUUUUAAAUCACUUCUAGAUCCAGGCUUCAACGAUACUUGUCCUCCGGGAACUGUUCUCAUUAGGCGAACUCGAAAAGAAGAUCUAAUCAUAUCGAAAGAACUAACCAAAUACUUUAGAAACUAUGGCUCCGGAUAUCGUGUUCGUGAUGAUUCUUUAGGCCAGAAUUAUUAUGCAAUAGUUCAGAGCAAGAAAAGUAGUUCCUAUGGCUUUCGAUCAAAGAUCACUACGUGGGCACUCCCAAAUGUGGGGCCAGAUCAAGUCUCUGCCAGUCAAGUAUGGAUUAUGGGAGACAUCGAUGGUCCCGAUGGAAGCCUGAAUGUUAUUCAAUCAGGAUGGCACGUUCAUCCCCAAAUAUAUAACGAUAGGUUCACUCGUUUUUUCAUUUAUUGGACAACAAACAAUUACCGGACGGGCUGCAUGAACUUAAAUUGCAAAGGGUUCGCGCAAGUUUCAGCAAACUAUGCACCUGGAUAUGCCUUCCCCAAAGUUUCUCUGUAUCGUGGCAAACCAGAAUACUUAGACCUAAUCAUAGCAAAGUUAGUUGCUACAUUUGAGUUUGGUAAUUUAGCUUUAUUUAAUUAA